AUGCUCUCCACAAAACGUACACGCACACCCCCCGGCAAUCCAGAUAGUCUAUCUUCUAAGUAUGGAGCCGGAAAAAUCGUAUCUCGGAGCAGAAAGCAGCUGCUCCUAAGGGACAGCCCGUCAGUAUCGCGACGUCUAGACAGACGUCAGGGCUCAUCCAGCCCUCCAGAUGGACGAUCACACUCCCCAGCCGUUAUUACCCUCUGCGUAGGCCCUCAAAAACGCCUAUUCGCAGCCCACAAAGACAUCCUAUGCGUAUCCCCGUUCUUCGCCGCAGCGUAUACCCAAGCCCAGCCGUCAGACUCUCCUAACAGACGGGUGAACCUACCCGAUGAGCAGCCGGAAGUCUUUUCGUGUAUUCUCGAGUACCUCUACAAGGGCGAUUAUUACCCCCAGCUGCUGCACAACAAGCAAUUGAAUACCUGGGAAUUGGAAGAUACAGGGACCGAUAAGAAUGGUCAGAGUAAUGGAGCGACUUUGUUUCAUCAUGCGGCUGGAGCGGAGAUACUAAGAGAUACGGCUGUUUACUGCGCAGCCGAUAAAUACGGACUAGAUCUUCUCAAACGCCUAGCCCUCCGAAAACAAGGCCUACACUCCGGCAUUCAAUGUAGUACCAUCCUCACCAGCGCACGCUAUGCCUACAGCAACACCCCCGAGAAUGAGUCUAAGCUCCGGGCGCAUUAUCUCGCUUUGAUUAUUAGGAGCCGGUCAACGUUCAAGCGAAGCGGCACGAUGCAAAUGGAGAUGGAACAGGGGGGAAAAUUGUUUUUUGAUCUUUUUGUUGCAAUGUGUAAUCAUAUGGAUGAUCUUACACCUAAGGCUGAGCCUUUUCCGGGUUGUUGA